AUGCAUGAUAGGACUCCUCAUGCAGAAGCCACUGCUAGAUACCCUCACCAAUCUCAUACAUCCGGGCCUCUUGUCGACGUCAGUUGCCCUGAAGGCGGCCCAGGACAGCAUGGCAAUACCUACGUCCAGGGUUUUGGGAACCUUGCUGAUCCCCUUGCAAUCGAUGAAUUCCUUCGGAUACAGGAGGGACGGGUGAACCAAUUUCUACAGGUUUCUGAUCGACGAGCGGAGGCACAGCGAUCUGCGCUUCAACAAGCAGCGGACCGUCUAUCCAACAUUGCCAACAAUAUCGGGGCCAUCGUAAAUCAGUGGAUCACACACCCAUCAACAAACCAAGGCUCAGACUUGAGUCACGGUCUUCAGAAAGCUUACAAACGACUUGCUGACGUCGAAAGUCAGUACCUACACCUGAAGCUCGAGCACGAGGCCAUCAAGAAGCAGUUGCAGGAGGCGAACGCCAAGGUUGACGAGGCUGUCAAGGCGCGAGACGAGCUGCGACGACUCGCUGACGGCGUUAACUGGACAGGAUCAGCCAAGGUAUCGGAUCAAGAAAUUCGGAGCAAGUGGAAACAGCUCGAAUAUAACAUUCGCUCCCUGGCAAGUGUCUUGGCCAAGUGUCCGACGAAAGUGCCAUCAGACAAGUUGACCAGAACCCGAUUAGAUGAGGUCUCCACAGCCUGGCGCAAACUGCUUGUCGUCGAUGAUUAUAAGAACUUUCUCAUCGGCGCUUAUAUUUGGACUAUCGUUGAGAGUGUCUUCACGACCGGAAGGAUAUUCUGCAGUGGUGGUCAUAACAUUGACCUGAAGGCCAUGCGAGCUGCAUUUCUCGAAUCUGCUUCAGAAGUUGACAAUCCUUCGCGCCCAGGACCAACGCUUCGAAAUGUAGCGAGGUGGUUUGCCCAGGGCACAGCACUCUUUGGACACUUCUUCGGACGUGACCAACACGCCUUCAGACGCGAGGCACGCAGUGAAGUCGAUAGACUGAAGCUAUUCUGCAACAUCACCGCAGACAAGUCGGGAACUGACUUACACCAAGAGAUGAAGGCCAUCCUUGAGGCUGCACUGGACCUAGACGAGAUGUUGAUGAGCUCCAAAGCGAUCUUUUUGGUUCGCUGGCCCCAAGAUGGACAGUCUAAGACACUGCAGCGUUUCGACGCAAAUCAGAUGGAAUCACUCGCACACACCAAUGAACUUUCCUCCAAGACAAUCGUUAGAUUCUUCAUCUCGCCGAUGCUAAUCAAGAUUGGAAACGCCGACGGCUGCAACUACGACAGUGAGAUGACUCUCUGCAAGGCCACGGUGGCGUGCGAAUAAGCUGCCACAGCUAGCUGCGGUGAAGAAGUAGAAUAGGAGAGCAACUACCGCAGAAUGAGGUUGGUCGG